GGGGCGCUAACAGCAGAAAAAAGAAGCUCCAGAUAAAAGAAGAAGAAAACUUCUGUGUUGAAGAUGAACAGUUUGGAGCCGACUAAAAGUCAUGUGACCAUCCGGAGAGGCCUGACCUUUCCUCCUCUGAGGCAGUGCACCACAUGUUGCCCCCCGGGGCUGUACCACUGCCCCUUCUGUUUACCGGGCUUCUUUAAACCCACAAAACGCUCCAGAGUCAGGCUCCAUCUGGAAAUCCACAUCAGGAGAGCUUGUUUUGUUGGAGAAUACACCAUCCAUAAAUGUAGCCUGGACUGCAUCACACGGCCUCACUACCACUGCCUGUACUGCAUCAGCCCCCUGCUGAGCAGACUGGACCUGAACAGACACGUCCUGCUGUGUGAGGAGAGGCUGCUGCAGACCACGGCUCCACCACAGGACGGAGGAGCCGAGUUAGGACGGAUCACAGAGCUGCUGUCUAACGUG